UUUUUUAGUUUUUUGAACAAAAAAAAAAUCAAAAUUUGAAUUAAAUUAAUGAAUCAAAAUCUUUCAAUCCAAAAAAAUGUUGGCUAUGUUUAUUCACGUGAACUUUUAUCGUUAUCAAAUCGAUUACCACCAGUUAAAGGAAGGGCUAUUCUAGUACAUCAAUUAAUUGCUGCCUAUAAUCUACUCGAUCAUUGUUAUCGUAUCGAAGUGGAUAAACCUUUACAGGAAAAUCAAUUACGAAAAUUUCAUUCAAUCGAAUUUUUGGAUUAUGUUCGAAAAAUUUCGGCCAACAAUUCGGAUGAAUUGAAUGAUGAUGAUGAUGAAAAUGAUUUCGGUAUAAAUUAUGAUUGUCCACCAUUCGCUGAUCUUUUCAAAACGAUUGGAUAUUUAGCCGCAUCAAGUAUAGCAGCUGCUAAUGCCAUCAUAACCAAACAAUUUUCAAUCGUUUUGAAUUGGUUUGGUGGUUGGCAUCAUGGACAUCGUGAUGAAGCUUCAGGAUUUUGUUACACAAAUGAUAUUGUAUUUGCUAUACUGACAUUUUUGGAAAAUGGAUUCGAUAAAAUAUUAUAUAUCGAUUUAGAUUUACAUCAUGGUAAUGGUGUUGAACAUGCAUUUGCUCAUACGGACAAAGUUUUUUGUUUAUCAUUUCAUAAAUAUGAAUUUGGUUUUUUUCCCGAUACUGGAAAUAUCGAUGAUAUUGGUUCAUUUCGUGGUAAAUAUCAUUCGAUAAAUAUGACACUUCGUAACGGUAUCAAUGAUGAUCAAUAUAUUGAGAUAUUUGAUAAGAUAAUCAACAAAUUGAUACCUAAAUAUAAACCUCAAGUUAUUAUCUGUCAAUGUGGUGCUGAUGGUCUAAGCGGUGAUCGAAUGAAAUCAUUCAAUCUUACAUCACGAUCAUAUUUACAUUGUAUCGAAAAAUUAUUAUCAAUCAAUUUACCAUUAAUAAUAUUAGGUGGUGGUGGAUAUAACUAUACAAAUACGGCAAAAUUAUGGACAUUAAUAACGGCCAAAGUUUUGAAUCAACAAUUAGAUUCAAAUAUACCGGAUCAUAAUUUUUUUCUUUAUUAUGGUCCUGAUUAUGACCUUUCAAUAACCGAAUCAAUGCUGCCAAAUGAAAAUGAUCCAAAAGAAUAUGAAGAAAAAUUGAAAAUUAUCUUCAAAAAUAUUGAAAAAAUUCCAGCAUUCGUUCCAUUAAGACCGACACCUGAUCCAAACAACAAUGGAUCAUGGAUCGAUAAAUUCAAAAAUAUAAUCAACGUUUUGGAAAAAAAUCGUGGUGAAGAUGCCAUGUCUAUGGUAUUGUCAAUUUUAUCGGCAUUCGGUGUUACUAUUGUUGCCAUUUAUACAGCAUUCGGAAUGUUUUCCUGGCCUGUUAGUCUGAUAAAAGGAACAAAAAGUGCACGAACACAAUUACAAGAUAUUGAAGAUCGUCAUCUAAAUAAUUCAUUCAAUAUAAAUAGUUUACGAGAAAAAUUACGAACCACCGGGCAAUUAACCGAUCGAGAAAUGAAUCGAUUACGCAUUUUAGAAGAACAAGAACGAAUGACUAAUCUUGAAGAAUCAUUUGUAAAUGAAUAUCGUGAAAGUUAUUUUUAUCGUUUAGAUAAAGCUUUUCAUUCGUUGGGUAUGCAUAUGGGUUAUGCAUUGGUCAAUUCAACUUAUCCAAAUCCAAUCAAUUUCAUUCUGUCUGAAUUGCAAACUGUUUAUCCAUUGGAUUAUAUCUUGAUUUUAAGUCUAAGUUUUUCAUUAGUUAUGUACACUAUAUCAGGUUUUAAACAUAUUGGAAUUAGAUUUUUAUGUAUCAAGUUAUACAAAAUUAAACCUGGCAAAACAGCACCACAAGGUAUUUUGUUAUUGUUCGCAUCGAUUAUGUUGGCAAUACUUGGCAUCAAUGUUCUUUUCUAUUCAGCGUUUCCACAAUACGCUACAUAUGGUCGACAAUUCUAUCAAGAACAAACAAGCAAUAAUACCUACACCGCUAAAAUAUGCAAUCUUGAUUCACCAAAAGAUUCAUGUACGAUGACAAGAAUGAGUGCAUUGUUAUUAAGAUUCUUUUAUAAAGCUUGGUUUUUCGGUGCUUAUUAUUAUUGGAUGAUGUGGACAUUUUUAAUCGUUUCACUUUGUUCAUUCGUUUAUGUUUCAUUACGGCCAAAACAAACAGUUACGCAAGGAUUAUUAGAAUCGGAAUUUGAAAAUGAAAAUUAUUAAUUAAAUUUUUGUUAUCAAAAUUAACUAUAAAAAAAAUUUGCUAUAAUUAUGAGACAAUUUUGAAAUAAUAAUGAUGAUUAUCACUUUUGGACACCAAGAUGCCGGCUUCAUUGUCAU